AUGGCCUCUCCGUGUCGGUUUGCGGCGCGCUCCUGCGCCCGCCAGCUGCGGUCCGCCGCCGCUCCUCGAUCACCCGCACAAGCCUUCCGAGUGUCAUGCGCCUCGAGGCGGUACAACUCAACCGAGGCCGAGGCCGUCAACCCCAAGAUUGCCGACAUUGUCGACCAGAUCAGCAAGCUGACGCUGCUGGAGACUGCUGAUCUCGUCUCAAGCCUAAAAAGCAAGCUGAACAUCCCCGAUAUGCCCAUUGGCGGCUUCGCUGCCCCUGCCGCCGCCGCACCCGCCGCCGCCGUUGAGGAAGCCGAGGAGGCCCCCGCUGCCCCCGCCGAGAAGACGCUCUUCACGCUGAAACUGCAGUCGAUUGACCCCGCGGCCAAGGCCAAGGUCAUCAAGGAGGUCAAGGGCAUGCUGGGCCUGAGCUUGGUGGACAGCAAGAAGUUUGUCGAGAGCGCGCCCAAGAUGAUGAAGGAGAACGUGCCCAAGGAGGACGCGGAGAAGAUUAUUGCCACCAUGAAGGAGCUUGGCGCGGUGGUUGUGAUGGAGUAA